AUGCCUUUUCAGGUGCCUGUUCUUAAGAAUGUCUACUGGAAGGAACUUGGUGUUCUUCGUCUGGGUCGCAUUCCUUGUGAUGCAAAUCCUGCAGGUAAGUGUUGCCUUUUGUUUCUUGCAGAUCCCUGUUUCGGUAGGAGUUACUUUGUACCAGGCAGUUUGCAUUCACAAGGGAAAGAAGGUGCUAGAGUCUAUGGGAGAAGCAGGUACAGAAUUGAAAGUUUAUCAGCUAAUCCACUACUAUUUUCUUGGUGUACUCGAGGUAUGGUUUUUGGGCUUCUAGGCAUUGGUGGAGGUUUCAUUUUGGGUCCUAUGUUCUUGCAGAUUGGGGUACCUCUUCAGGUUGCUAGUGCCACGGCCUCCUUUGCCAUGAUGUUCUCCUCCUCUAUGCCUGUUAUAAAAUUUUACCUUCUAAAGCGAUUCCCAAUACCUUAUGCUGCGUACUUUCUAGCCGUUGCCAUUGUUGCCGCUGCAGCAGGGCAAUAUGUAGUAAGAAAGUUAAUUAUUACACUAGGAAGCGCAUCUCUCAUUGUCUUCCUUCUAGUCACAUUAUUCUUUGUGAGUGCAUUUUUACUAGGUGGGGUUGGAAUAUCCAACAUGGUCAAACAGAUUCAGCAUAAGGAGUACAUGGGAUUUGAGAACUUGUGUCAUGCCUAG